UUUUCCAUGCCAUUUAUUAAGAAGGAAGCCUACUUACCGGUCGAGCCUGGAACCAAUUAACCGUGAUGAACGAGUAGUGUGUAUCACCAAAACAGCUGGCUUGAACCUUUAAACUAAUAAAAAGUAUGCAUGUCAACUGUAUCAUCUAUUCAGACUAGAAAGAUUGCUAUAGCCAUUCAAUAACGUCAGUGGAAUAUCUGCCAUGUUUCUCCGUCGGUGAGUUAGCUCAUUAGGAUUUCAUUAUGAUUGAAUAGAAUGGGGCUAGCAUGAAGUCACAUACAAAAAGUUAGCUUCUAAGCCUCCACUAUUUUGUUUUUAUUUACUUAUUUUCUAAAACCAAAUAUUUUGUCACAAUGUCUCCGAAUUGUCUUCUGAGAAUGUUUCUCAUGUAUUAAACGUGUUCCAUCUUUUUAUUCUUUUAAAAGCUUUUUCAUUCGGUACGCGAGACCAAGUGACGUCAUAUAGCUCCACAUCGGUUCAGACGGAAUGCAACCAAUCACAGGAGGCGUUGUUGAAGAGACACGGGAUAACAGCCAAUCACCAGCCCAUGUUGGUCAGGCGGGGGCGGGUUAAUUUUUCACAGGUAGCCAUGGAGGGGAAACGACAUAAGUGGUCUUAACGAGAUAUUAGUACCCCCCAAAAGGAGCCUGGUUGCACUUUAGUUAAGAAAUGUCGAUGCGCUUGUAUGAAAUGAGCACACGGCUGCUCGGGGACGCUGUUGGCAAAAUGAACGAGAACUUAACUUCAGUGGUUCUGGCUGCUUCAGUCAUUACGCUGACUUUGGGGUACUUGGGGUACUUUGGGUACUUGAACAAGAAGCUUCUCGGACAAGGUUAUCACAAGGAUGCGAAAUACCCGCCUUACAUCCCUUCCGGUGUGCCCUUCCUUGGCCAUGCUGUUGCCUUCGGGAAAAGUCCCAUCGAGUUUUUGGAAAACGCAUAUGCAAAAUACGGGCCGGUGUUCAGCUUCACCAUGGUGGGCAAGACCUUCACGUACCUGCUGGGAAGCGACGCCGCCACGCUGCUCUUCAACAGCAAGAACGAGGACCUGAACGCCGAGGACGUCUACUCGCGACUGACCACGCCGGUGUUUGGCAAAGGGGUGGCCUACGACGUCCCCAACCCGAUCUUUCUGGAACAGAAGAAGAUGCUGAAGACGGGACUCAACGUGGCUCGCUUCAAGGAGCACGUCAAGAUCAUCGAGGCGGAGACCGUGGAGUAUUUCCAGAGAUGGGGGGACAGCGGAGAGAGAAACCUUUUCGAGGCGCUGUCCGAGCUGAUCAUCCUGACGGCCAGCAGCUGCCUCCACGGCAAGGAGAUCCGGGCCAUUCUGGACGAGCACGUGGCCCAGCUGUAUGCAGACCUGGACGGGGGCUUCAGCCACGCCGCCUGGCUCCUGCCCGGAUGGCUGCCGCUGCCCAGUUUCAGGAAGCGUGACAAAGCUCACCGAGAGAUCAAGAACAUUUUCUUCAAGGUGAUCCAGAAGCGACGAAGCGGCGGCGAGAAGAUGGACGACAUUCUGCAGACGCUUGUGGAUGCCACCUACAAGGAUGGACGGCCCCUGUCCGACGACGAGAUCUCGGGCAUGCUGAUCGGCCUCCUGCUGGCGGGUCAGCACACGUCCUCCACCACCAGCGCCUGGAUGGGCUUCUUCCUGGCCCGGGAUCAAGCCCUGCAGGAGCGCUGCUACGCCGAGCAGCGGGCCGUGUGCGGGGAGCACCUGCCCCCCCUCGACCUGGACCAGCUGAAGGAUCUCGGCCUGUUGGAGCGUUGCUUGAAGGAGACGCUGAGGCUCCGCCCACCUAUCAUGACCAUGAUGAGGAUGGCCCGCUCUGCUCAGACGGCAUCCGGCUACACCAUCCCGGCGGGCCACCAGGUGUGCGUGUCCCCAACGGUCAACCACCGCCUGGGGGACACCUGGCACGAGCGGAUGGAGUUCAACCCCGAGCGCUAUCUCCAUGACAACCCCGCUGCCGGGGAGAAGUUUGCCUACGUGCCCUUUGGAGCAGGGCGCCAUCGCUGCAUCGGGGAGAACUUCGCCUACGUUCAGAUCAAAACCAUUUGGUCCACUUUGCUCAGGAUGUUCCACUUUGAGCUGGUGGACGGCUACUUCCCCACCAUCAACUACACCACCAUGAUCCACACGCCGCACAAGCCCAUCAUCGCAUACCAGCGGAGGAAAGAGUGACGCUGGAGAGCAGAUGGAGCAUCCUGCUGCAUGACGUCACACUUCCUGUCAGGAAAAGUGUCUGAAAGGGAAAAAAACUUAAAGGAGCAUCUCAUGAUGCUGCAUUCCAGAAAAGUGGAAAAGUGCCUAAUUGGGAGCUUAUUCUGCACUUUUUAAGAUGAGAUUUGUCCCAUUUUUCCUGAAUGCAGCACAAUGACGGAGGGGGAUCGGAAUGAUGGAAAGUGGGAGCUCCAUCAUCAGACUUGCAAUGGCAUCACGGACAUGUUUGUCGUCUGUACCAGCUUCUUUUCCAUGUCACAUGACUGAGGUCCACCUUUCCUAACAUAUACGUACAUAUACAGUAGUUGCAAUAAAAUAUAUUUCCCAACUUUUUCCCAAGUGUUGG